AUGGGUCUCCUCAACUCAUACUGGGAAGCUCUGCUGCAGCUUGCUACAACUGCCAACCUACUAGACGGGUACCACUCCUCGUAUCCUCAGCAGCCGCUGAACAUACCAAAGCACACUGCCGGUCUUUCAGAUGUCUCUGCGGCAGGUGUCUCCUUCCAGGUUCCUGGAACGGGGUUCACCUGCUCGUACCCUAGCAUGACUCGACAUCAAGCUUGCAAUAGUGCGAAGGAUAGGAGUUGCUGGUUGAAGCCUUUGAAUCGCAAGGAUACGAGAUAUGACAUCCACACACAAUAUGAUAUGCCUGGAGACGAAUUCUCUCCUCCUGGCAUUACACGAGAAUACUGGCUUGAAGUUAGCGUCGACCCUAUCGCGCCCGACGGGUACCUGAAGCCGCUGGGCCAAGUCUUCAACCACACAUAUCCUGGUCCCCACCUCCAGGCUUGCUGGGGGGAUCAGAUCGUCGUGCAUGUCACCAACAAGAUUGUGAAUUUGGGCACCACGAUCCAUUGGCAUGGUAUCAGGCAGCUCAAUACUACGGAGCAUGAUGGGGUUAAUGGUGUCACACAAUGCCCCAUUGCAUUCGGUGAUACCUACACCUACAACUUUACCGCUGAUCAGUACGGUCAUACCUGGUACCACAGCCACUACCAGACGCAGUACUCCGAUGGCGUUGCCGGCCCGCUCACAAUCUAUGGACCCAGUAGCUCGAAUUGGGAUGAGACUUUCACGCCGAUCAUGAUGCAAGACUGGGUGCACGAGAACACUUCGAUUGCCUUUCAACAGGACUUGGCUGGUGCGAUACCGAUCGGAGACAGCCUCUUACUUGGUGGCACUUCCAGCUACAAGUGCUCUGCCCUCGAUCCAUAUUGCUGCAGUAGCUGCAAUAGCACCAGAACAGCAUGCAAGGCUGGCAUGGACCCCGCCUUCUGUUGUGACCCUGACGAUCGUUGCUUCAAGAGUGUCACGAACGCUGACGGAUCCGUCAGUACAGUACGGCAGUCAGGUGGCAUCUACGCCAAGACAUUUGAAGCAGGCAAGCGGUAUUUAUUCCAGCUCAUCAACGCUUCGGCAGAUGCCAUGUUCAUCUUUGCGAUCGAUGAUCACGAGCUUGAAGUCAUCGAGGCCGACUUGGUACCUAUCAAGCCGUACAAGACUGAUUCUGUCUUUAUCGCUAUUGGCCAACGCUAUCAAGUCAUCGUGCACGCAAAACCUCUCGGCAACCAAGACUCUCCUUCCAAAGACUACUGGAUCCGCACCCGCAUCGCCAACGGCUGCGGUAAUGUGGCUCAAGAUAAUGAAGAAACAGGCAUAAUACGCUACAACGCCUCGAGCCGCGCCACGCCCUCGACAGAAGCACACACAGACCGCGAGGUCUGCGCGGAUGAGCCUAUGGCUAGUCUCAGUCCCAUCGUACCCUGGAACGCCUCUGACCUGCGCAACUCUCGGGAUGAGUACACCUUCGUCGCAUCUCUCGAUACUAAGGCGACCCACGGAGCGUAUAGAUGGGAAAUCAAAGACGAUCCCCUGUUCCUCAAUUACUCGAGUCCAAGUAUCCUCAACGUCAACAACCCAGCGCAUUUCGAGGAUGUCUUUCAAGCCACUGUAAACUACACCAACAACGCUUGGAAUGGAGGGUUCGUGUACCUUGUCAUUGAUGGCAGCAAUAUUCAGAAGAUUCCAGGCAAACAAGGCGUUCCUGCUGCACAUCCUAUUCACCUUCACGGCCACGACUUUGUGAUUCUCGCGCAGGUUGAUUCAGCUUUUAAUGGGACGAUCCCACCGAACCGAGUGCAGAAUCCGACCAGACGGGAUACGGCGUUGUUGUAUGGUGGUGGGUACCUGGCGCUUGCUUUCAAGUUAGAUAAUCCAGGCAUAUGGCUUGUGCAUUGUCACAUCGCUUGGCAUGCUUCUUCGGGGCUUGCAUUGCAGAUUGUGGAGAGGCAGGAUGAGAUUUUGAGUAGUAUUGGGCCUCUGGAUGCUACGCAGAAAACUUGCGAUGGGUGGCACCAAAUGGGACUGCAGUUCCAUCAGGAGGAUUCGGGGAUUUGA